CUUGCGUGACGUCAUUACGGGGGGCGCCGAGGAGUUUCUAAUAAAGAAAGGUUUAUGCUCAAACCAGAAGAAAAGGAAAGCUGUAACGCGCAGGAACACUUCAUGCUCGGUCCUCCGUAAAUAGUCUUUCCCCCUUUCUCCUGAUUAUCAAGGGUUACAUCAGAAAGACUGAUAGGCUACCUUCCUGGAAUGAAAAGAUCUCCGCGCAGUCGGUAGAUAGGCUACUGUAAUCUUACAAAUCACAUCAGUGCACCAUGUCUCUUACAUCGCGAAGCCCUGGAAAAUGAGACAACUCUUUCCUGUCUGUCCACUUCGGCGAUAAGUGAAGAUCGCGCAGUCCCGUUUAGUGAUGUGAGAAAAGGUUGUUUCUUUCUGUCUGACCAUGUUACGGAGAAUGCAAGUUACUUGGCACUGUCUCUACAAUGGAUUACAUGCACUGAGUAUCGGGCAAUGCACGACGAUGCCAGUCCUGAGCAGGCCCUGCUGGCUAGUGGAGGUUAAGGAACAGCCUGCAACCAGAGAAGAGGCUGCCCUCUGAGCCAUGGCCAGGCAGUCGUCCUCACCCUUCCCCUACGGCUUUGACCUCGGGGGCCACUUCCAGGACGUCCGGCCCCUGGGCACCGGCGCCUCGGGCCUGGUCCUGUCGGCCGUCGACCGGCGCACGGGCCAGCGCGUGGCCGUCAAGAAGCUGGCGAUGCGCGACGCGGUCGGCGCCAAGCACGCGCUCCGCGAGGUCAAGAUCACGCGCCGGCUCCAGCACGAGAACGUGGUGCGCGUGCACGAGGUGCUGGGCCCGUACGGCCAGCCACUGCCGCCCGCCGCCGACCUGGCCCAGCUCUCGGCCGUCUACAUCGUCCAGGAGUGCAUGGAGACGGACCUGGCGUGCCUGCUGGAGCGGGGCCCGCUGCCCGCCGGGCACGCCACCCUGCUCUUCUACCAGCUGCUGCGCGGCCUCAAGUUCAUCCACUCGGCCAACGUGCUCCACCGCGACCUCAAGCCCGCCAACGUCUUCCUCAACACCGAGCAGCUGCUGCUGAAGGUCGGCGACUUCGGCCUGGCGCGCAUCGUGGACCCGCACUACUCGCACAAGGGGUACCUGUCAGAGGGCAUGGUGACAAAGUGGUACCGCUCUCCUCGCCUGCUGCUCUCCCCGAACAACUACACCAAGGCCAUAGACAUGUGGGCGGCCGGCUGCAUCCUGGCCGAGAUGCUGAGCGGCCGAAUGCUCUUUGCAGGGGCCCACGAGCUGGAGCAGAUGCAGCUGAUCCUGGACACGGUGCCGGUGGUGCGCGAGGAGGACCGGCAGGAGCUGCUGCAGGUCAUGCCCUCCUGCGUCAGCCGUGGCUGGAAGGUCAGGAGGUCGCUGCGGGAGCUGCUGCCGGAGGUGGACACAGAGGCCAUCUGCUUCCUGGAGCGUAUCCUGACCUUUAACCCGAUGGACAGGCUCACGGCCGAGGCGGCCCUGGCGCAGCCCUACCUGCAGCAGUACUCGUGUCCGCAGGACGAGCCCACGUCCCUGCAGCCCUUCCGCAUCGAGGACGAGCUGGACGACAAGAUGGUCGCCGAGCACAGCCCCGACGCAUCCCUGCACUGGCACAGGUCGGACACCAGCCUAUCGUCUGACACCUGCUGGCCGCCGCAGGACCGGUGUGACUGCAUGCAGAGCGUCUCGGAAAUGGGCGACCCGGACGAGGAGGAGGUGCAGCGGGACCCCCGGGCCAGCUCCGGCACGCUCCUGGGGGAGGCGCAGGUGGACCCGCGCAAGUACUCGCACAGCAGCUCGGCCGAGCGCUUCCUGGAGGGCUCGCACUCCUCCCUGGAGCGCGCCUGCGGAGGAGGAGGAGGAGGAGGCGGUGGUGGUGGCUACGGCGAGCUGGACUGCGGCCGCUCGUGCGACUACAAGGUGGGCUCGCCGUCGUACCUGGACAAGAUCGCGUGGCGCGAGGGCAAGCCGCAGAACUACUCGGAGCCCAAGCUGAUCCUGGACCUGUCGCACUGGCGCCGCAACGGGCGGCCCGGCCCCCGGAGGAGGAGCAGCGCCGAGGAGGAGGAGGUGUCGGCGUUGGCCCGCGAGGAGGAGGAGGAGGAGGAAGAACAGUCGGGGGACCUGUUUCGGGAGAUCUCGCGCUGGGUGGAGAGCACGCAGUCUCGGCUGCACUCGCCCAGCCCGCCUCUGGAGACCCCCGUCACGCCCAGCUCGCCCCCGCUGCCCCUCUCGCCCACCAUGCUGCCGCAGAGCGCCCUCGGGCGCUACGGCGCCGCCACCAUGCUGCUGCGCGCCACCCCCGAGUUCAUGCAGGAGGAGGAAGAGGAGGAGGAGGAGGAGGACGAUGGCAGCAGGAGGACCAGGCCCUGUCGCUUCACUGCCGCUCCCCCCUCGCUGCUGCCGUCCUCCCCGUCGUCCCCCACGCCGGGCCCCUCGUUCGCCUACCCCCACAGGACCCCGAGGACAGGCGGCACGCCCCCUCCGCAGACGCCCCCUCCUCCUCCUCCCCCCGCCGAGAAGCUCCAGUCGCCGUUCGACCUGGACAUGUUCAUCUCGCGCGCGCUCAAACUGUGCGGCCAGAGCGACGGUCUGGGAGGCUCGGGUCCGGCCGCGGCCAAGCGGCCCAACAUGAAUGUCGUCCCGGGGCUGGCGGACCACCGUCCGACCUCGCCCAGACGCAAAGAGCACUGGUCAAGCAUGGCCCAGUGAAAUGACCCUGAGGCUGGGGAUGCGUCUGUUCUCCUGUCUGUAGUAAGCGGGUGCUUUGUUGCUGAGUAAAUGCCACUGCGACGAGGCAACAAUACUGCUUGAAUCGGUCCAAGAAACGACUGGGGGUAAACUAGGAUAGGCGUUUUCAGAUCAAGCGCUGUUUCUUCGAGGCACAAGGGAUGUUAUUAGAUGAAUUUGGCCUUAUGUGGCACCUGAGCAGCAUGUGACUGAUAAUGUGCAUGACAGGAAUGAUGAUUUGCAAACUUCCACUUCAAGUUUAACAGAAGGAAGAUCAUAUUGCCUUUAGGUGCUUCUGUGGUAUGCACAAGAAGAUACAGUGCAAAGCUGAUUUUUCUCGUAACAUUAUUUCUAAGGAACAGUAACAAAGUAGUAUGACAUCAGAGUAGACAAAUGUAUUCUGAUUACUCAAAAAGAGGAUAAAAACUGGUAUUGGUAACACUAAAUUCUGAAUGUAUUUAACUUUAUUUACUGGACAGUAGGAUUGUAGCAUUUGAACUCUCAAACCAAGAGAAUCGCUUGGCUAUCUGAUGCUGUUAAUAUCACUGUAAUGUUACACUGUUAACAUUAUUGCUGAGCUUCCCACACUGAUACUGUGUAAAUUUGUACAUUUACUUUAGAAGUUGUGUUCCAGCUAUAUUGAAACAUUCCUUAUCUGAUGUUUGUUAGUGUUUGACUGUGGUCUAUAAUAUGGUUUUAUUGUUAUCACAUUUUAAGGGUGUUUUUGUUGGAGCUUUCACCUCUAGUCCUGAAGCAAUAUUUACAAUCUUUCUUGGAAGGCCACAGCGUAUUUUAUUGCAAAUAAAAACCCAAACGCCGAAAUGCUGCAGCCAUUUCAAAAGAUGAACAGUACAAGAACAAUCUGCAUAGACAUGCAUUGAUUAUGCACCCUCAUACCAUAACUUAUGUCACAUGAUCGAGAAGAUGAAUUGCUUUAAUCACACUAAAGGCUCUUAAGUCUGAAAUAAGUUUCAGCCCUCCUAGAUCAUUUCUGAAUCCAUGCAAGCUAAUGAGAAAAUGACAUAUAGGACUACAUCAGGUUUCUGAAGAGCACAGUCUACAAGCACUGCCAGAUCAGUACAAUGGAUCUCCAAGGUAGAAUACUCUAAUGUAAUAGAGUAAUUGACUCAUGUCAUUGCUCAUUUACCAUGCCACUUAGCAAUAAUAUAAUAACAUGAAUUCUAGAAAUAUUAUCAUUACUAUCAUAGUAAUUCUAACAUGAUUUGCUUUGAUGGAUCAAUUUCUUUUGUCCAGAAAUAAACUGAUGUGCCUUUGUGUUUUCCUGUGCUUCCAGCACAAUAUUUUCAGAAUUUGAUUGCAUGGUAUGUGGAAUAUUGCUUUAAAUCUGAUUAACCAUACUGUAUCUCUUCAUGACAUGUGUGACAUAUUUGCUGUUGGUACUGAUAUGUAAUCUUCCGCGUUCUAUCAUAUUUUGUCUUUUGGAUGUAACAUCUUUUGUGGACGUCACAUGACGUUUUACUCUGUGCAGUUUCUACUUUUGCUGACAAGUGAAAAAUAAAA